UCGACUCAAAGCAAAGUUGAUCGAUUUGUUGAGAAGUACAUCACAGUGAUUUGUGAAACUGAAGAGUUUCUUGGACUUUCUGUUGAUGAGCUUUGUGAAAUAUUAGCAAUUGAUGAAUUGUACGCUGAGGAAGGAAUGUUGUGCAAGGCAGCAGUGAGAUGGAUCGAACAUGAUCGUGACUGUAGAGGAGAAUUCCUAUCCAGGAUCUUGACAUGUAUCCGCCUUCUUUCUUUGGAUCCGUCUUACCUAGUCACUGAACUUGCUCGUCAUCCUUUGAUUGUCAAUGAUUUGCAGUGCAAAACCCUUGUAAGUGUUUCCUAA